CUUCACCAAAGUCCAAGAGAAAGCUCAGAAAAAAAUUUAGUCAUUCUUCAUAUAAACAUUCUACGAAUUCAACCUCUAUCUCUCUGUCUCUCUUCUGCUUGGUCUUUUUUGUUUGAAUAAUCAGGGAUUUGAUCUUUACAAAAGAGGCAGGUACUCAUGGCUAAUAGUGCAGCAGCAUGUGCUGAGAGGGCAACUAGUGAUAUGCUGAUUGGUCCAGAUUGGGCUGUAACUAUUGAGCUAUGUGACAUUAUAAACAUGGAUCCAGGGCAAGCUAAGGAUGCUUUAAAAGUCCUCAAGAAGCGACUGGGCAGUAAAAAUCCAAAAAUACAGCUACUAGCUCUUUUUGUAUUGGAUUCUCUCAGCAAAAAUUGUGGUGAAAAUGUAUUUAAGCAGAUUGUUGAGCGUGAUAUCUUGCAUGAAAUGGUUAAAAUAGUAAAGAAGAAGCCUGAUUUGAAUGUGAGGGAAAAGAUACUUAUUUUGAUAGACACAUGGCAAGAAGCCUUUGGAGGAUCUAGGGGAAGGUAUCCUCAAUAUUUUGCUGCAUAUAAUGAACUACGGGCUGCUGGAGUUGAAUUUCCUCCUCGAGAAGAGAAUACUGUACCAUUAUUUACUCCACCUCAGACCCAUCCAGUAACUCACCACCCUGCUUCAAUAUAUGAGGAUGCUGCUAUUGAGGCCUCUCUACAGUCUGAUGCUUCCGGCCUCAGCUUGCCAGAGUUAGAAAAUGCUCGUGGAUUAGCCAAUGUAUUAAUGGAAAUGCUUAGUGCAUUGGAUCCUAGGACUCCUGAGGCUCUGAAGCAAGAAGUGAUUGUUGACCUUGUUGAUCAAUGCCGCUCUUACCAAAAGCGGGUCAUGCUUCUUGUGAAUAGUACCACAGAUGAGGAACUUUUAUGUCAGGGGUUGGCCCUAAAUGAUAGCUUGCAGCGUGUUCUUCGCCAGCAUGAUGACAUUCUGAAAGGAAGCACUGCUACCACAGGAGCAGUAGAAACUGCUGUUGUGCCACUUGUUAAUAUUAACCAUGAAGAUGAUGAAUCAGAAGAUGAAUUUGCUCAGCUGGCUCACAGAUCAUCAAGGGACAAUUCUCAAGGGCAGGGCAGGAGAGCACCUAACAAUGAGCCUGGGCGAGUUGGUCCACUUCUUCCUCCUCCACCCUCAUCAAAAAGGCCAGUUGCUACAAAUGCCACUAUGGUUGAUUAUCUUAGCGGCAAUACCUACAAAUCUGAGGAUUCCCCUCAAACAAGAGUACCCACACCUUAUUCCGCUCCUACUCAUACAUACACAAACUCCUCUCCACAGUUGAUUUCAACUUUAGCUCCGUCAUCUCCUCCUUCCCACUCUGCUGACUCUGGAUCCUCACCUGUGUUCAGUAGACAGCCUAUAUAUGACAAACCAGCUUCCUUAAGCAAAUCUGCCGAUGCUGAGCAGCUGCCUCCAGCUCCCUGGGACAGUCCUGCAGGAAACCUUCCACCACCGCCUUCAAGGUUUAAUCAGAGACAGCAAUUCUUUGGGCAACAACACGAUUAUACUGGUGGUUCUUCUCAUUCCAAUAAUGGAUCUGGUUCCUCGCAUGACAGCUUGGUUGGACAAACUCAAAACCUCUCCCUUAAUUCAACUACCCCAACCAAACAAGUAAAACCAGAAGAUGCUCUCUUCAAAGACCUGGUUGAUUUUGCGAAAGCCAAGUCAUCUUCAUCAUCCAAACCCAAUAGGUCAUUUUGAUCAUCUGGGAGUAGUCUGCUUGGUUUUGGGUGUUACAGCUUGUGAACAGUUAUUAGAUCAUCAGUUUUUUUGUAUUAGAUUAAAGAGGUUUCAUGUUAUUAAAUAAACAUGGGUUUGAACAUUGCUUGUGGCCUGUCUAUACCGUUUAUUGGUUUAAUUUUGAGACAAACUGCUCAUGGGAUAUAUUCAUAUAUUUUACAUAUUUUAAUACUGGGUGUAUCAUUUUUUCA